UAUCUGGUAAAGGGGAGUCACCUCAUGUAUAUAUAUUCCCCUCAGUAGACGAUCUCCACAUUCGGCUUUUACCUUCUGGUAACUCAUCGGUUACAUCACAAGAGGUGUUAAACUUGGCCAAAAUGAAGAGUCUUCAUAUCUUCUGCAUCAUGGCUUUGAGUGUGGACCUUGUCCGAAGCAGUGUCCAGAUAUGCCAAGACACCAAUGAAGAAUCCUUUACUAUUGCAUGUGGGUCGCCUGGGAAAGACGGUCUACCAGGAAGAGAUGGUAACGUUGGACCCAAGGGUGAUAAAGGAGAUCAAGGGCCACGGGGAAUCACAGGUCAAAGUGGACCUCAGGGACCUCCUGGGGUGCCUGGGGAAAGAGGACCACAAGGACCACCAGGUCCAAAGGGGGACACAGGUGACAGUGGGGCAUCAGCUCUCGAAGCUCUCAAAGCUCAAGUAAACGCAAAUGAACAAGAACUCAGAUCAUUGAAAACUGCAUUAGAAGCGCAGAAGAAAGCCCUGUUUUUGAACAGCAGGAGCAGCGGGGAGAAAAUCUACAUUUCAAAAGACGUAGAAGUGACUUAUAGAGAAGCCGUCCAAAUCUGUUCUAGGGCUGGAGGCCAGUUGGCUUCCCCGCAGAAUAACGCAGAGAAUGACGCCGUGUUGGCCAUCUCAUUGGAGAAGAAGAAACGUCCUUUCCUCGGAAUUAACGACAUUCAGUUAGAAGGAAGCUUCCGUUAUCCGAACGGACAGGCGAUUGGCUACUCAAACUGGUAUCCCCGUGAACCCAACGACGAUUAUGGGGUUGAAGACUGCGUGGAAAUGUACGACACCGGAAAAUGGAACGAUAAGAAUUGCGAGGAAAAACGUCUCGUCAUCUGUGAAUUUCUUUGAAUUUUUUUCAUCUCGACAGCUUUUGAUCCUCGUUGAUUUCAUAUCAAUAAAAAUGUUUAAUAAAAUAUAAUCAAAAUUGAAAAACAGUAACAAUAAAAAUAAGAGUUGUACCAGAUUCAAGAUAACUACCUAUGGUGGAAAAAAAAGUAAUUAAUAUAAAAAAGAAUCGAGUAGAAUUCUACUCAUAUAAAACAAAAGGCUAAUCAAUACAUUUAAUUUACUUAUACAAUUUAGAAUUGAAUAUUUCCUCGAAUUCCAGUUUAUUGUAAUGAUAAAUUGUGAGUUUUAUGAAUUCUCUGGCUUGUUAUUUGUUUCCCGCAAUAAAAUCUUUUAUAUUUUCA